UUCCGCUUCCAUAAACAAGACGACUGCCAGAGUUAGCCGCCAGUCCUGUGUGCCUCUGGGCUGAGUCUCCCCUCUGAGGGAGACAGACACACUGACAGAGAAAGUGAGCAAGGGACGAAAAGAGGGAGAAAGUGAGAGAACAGGAAAGAGGGGAGGCAAAAAAGACAGGAAAACCCAUCAGAAGAACAGAAAGACGGGCGAGACUUGACAGAGGAAGAGGAGAAGGGAGAAGAAGAGAGAUUAAAAUAAAGACUUGAGAGUUGAGUCUCUCUUCUUCUCCUCUAACACAGCAGAUAAAGUCAUGGCCGAGAACAACACAAAUCUCUUUCUGGAAAUACUUCAGUCUUUCGAUGCUGUCCCGCUGAUCAUAGCUUUCUGUGUGUCCAUGGCUGUGGGCCUGGUCUUGGGGGCCCUGGUUUACGUUAUCUUGACCUGGAUGUCCCGACGCAGAGCUGGCUCUGCCAAUAUCACCCGACGCCCGCCUCGCCGGUCACGCACCUCUUCCCGCAACCGUCCAGGCUUUAACCGCAACAGCAGCUACGACCGGCGCAGCAACAACAGUUUGGUCAGUGCUGCUUUCAGCUUCCACCGCCAGACUUCCUCCCCAGAUCACCUCGACCCACUGGGGCACAAAUCCAGCUUCAGGGCCUCCACUUUCCACCCUCUUCUUCAGUGCAGCCAAAUCGCGAGGGAGGCAGAGGAGGGAAGCCAGACCACGCUGCCCCGUACACCGACUCUAAGCACAACGUCUGGGUCACCUCAAACUGCAGCCCAGCCAGCUGCUACCCCACCCAGACCUGAGUCAUUUUGGGGGAACAACGGUCUGAGGGGUUUCCAUGCUACACAGACCCCACCUCCAGCUUAUGAGAGCAUUAUUAGAGCUUAUCAGGAAACAUGCACCUGAGAGGAGAGAGAGCACUAUGCUGACACAAACUGAAUGAGCCCUGAGUUGUAAAUGGAUUUACAAAUGAUAUUGGACUAAAGCUAUAUUGAUUUAUAUGUCCAGGUGGGGCUGGGUGGAGUGAACAAGGAAGUCGAGGUCGAAUGUGCGUCCUGCUCGACACAAUAACACUCAAGAACAACCCGUUUUGUAUGUCUUUUGGUUAGUUAAUAUAUAUCUGGUGCUGACAAAGGCAUACUUGUCUUUCAUCAUUCAAUACUGAUGCAAAAUAUUUAAAAAAGAAACAAACAUUUGACACUUUCAGCAAUGUUGCAAUGGCUGCUUACUGGAACCAAAAUUAUUCCUCUUAAAAAUUAGCAGCCUGUAUCUAAUGGUGAUUGACACUAACGUAUGCUUGCACAGAAUCUUUGUUUAGUUUAGACAAGGCAAAAAUCUACAAAUACAUACUGUUGGCUGGGCAUUCAAGAUGCAAGGCAAGACUUCUGCUUGGUUCCUGCUGAUCAUCUAUUAACUAUGCAAAACAGAGAAGGAUUGUGUAUGUGUACCCCACAGGAAGACGAGUGUUUGUGUGUUAACCUGUAAUUAAGAAAUUGUAGAUGUGUCAUUUAUGUAUCAAUGCAAAAGUGGAUAUAUGGAUAGUGUGGGUAUGUGUGGCAUUCAAAGUAAUUUAGUGUCUGUGUGUCUGUGUGUGUGUGUGCGUACGUGCGUGUGUGUUUGCAUGUAUGUGUGAGCAUGAGAGAGAGACAGAAAAGAGGGCAUUGGGUGCAAGUUGUUUUUGUAUGUUAUGUAUGUUUGAAUGUGAUUAACUGAACUCUGCUCAUAAGUUAAUGCAAUAAAAA